UCCUCUUUUUCCCCAGCUGUCUCGUGUUAUGAAUUGCAGGUACUGCUCAUUGUUGGAAGACUGCUGGCAGCCAAGGAACUAUCCAAAGCAAUGAUCACACCAUAACAUACAUUUGCCAUCAAACUUUGUAAAAGGAAAAGAUAAGAAAUCAGAGUCACUGCUGCAAAUACAUCUCAAACAUCAGAUUAUAUAAAUUGUAUCAGCCAUCAUGUUGUCAGUCUAUGUGGCACUUCAAUUUCUCUGCGCUGUCCACUUGCCCCUCCACUCCUCUGCCCUUCCCUUUGAGCAGAAAGGAUUCUGGGACUUUGGCAAGGACAUUGACGUGAAAGAGCUGAUGAUGAUGAUGAAAGACCAGGAAGAAGGCUCGGCUGUGGAUCCAUACCAGCCUGAACACCCCACGUGUCCAUUUGGCUGUCGGUGUGACCGCAGAGUGGUACAGUGCUCGGAUUUAGGUUUAGGUUAUGUGCCAUAUGAUAUUCCUGCAGACACACUCUUGUUGGACCUUCAGAGCAACAGGAUCACAGAGAUUAGAGAGGGAGACUUUAAGGGACUGACCAACCUCUAUGCUCUGGUUUUAAGAUAUAAUCAAAUCUCCAAAGUUCACCCAAAGGCAUUCGUCCCUUUGAAGCAUUUACAGAAGUUAUACAUCUCCCACAACCUUCUGACCUCCAUUCCCAAGAACCUGCCUCCAUCCCUGGUGGAGCUGCGUAUCCAUGACAACCACAUCAAGAAGGUUCCGGCAUUGAGCUUCUCUGGACUGCAAAACAUGCAUGUAAUCGAAAUGGGUCGUAAUCCAAUCCAGAACAGUGGAUUUGAACCUGGAGCAUUCAUGGGCCUUAAACUGAACUACUUGCGCAUUUCUGAAGCCAAACUCACUGGUGUGCCCAGAGACCUUCCCAGCAGUCUUCAUGAGCUUCAUUUAGACCAUAAUCAGAUUCAGGCCAUAGAGAUGGUAGACCUCAGCCAGUACACCCAUCUGCAGAGGUUGGGCCUUGGCAAUAACCAGAUUCGCCACAUUGAGCAUGGUGCUUUGACUUACCUGUCCAAUCUGAGAGAGUUGCACCUUGACAACAACCGUCUACCCAAUGUGCCAAGUGGACUGCCUCAUAUGAAGUAUCUGCAGGUUGUCUACCUCCAUUCAAACAACGUAACUGUGGUUGGGGUAGAUGACUUCUGUCCUACAGGUUUUGGGAUGAAGAGGGUCUUCUAUAAUGGCAUCAGUCUCUUUGACAACCCAAUUAAGUACUGGGAGGUGCAGCCAUCUACAUUCCGCUGUGUCAGUGACCACAUGGCUGUACAGUUCGGCAACCACAAGAAAUAAAUAAAAGAUGCACUCCUUGGUAAUCACAAAACCAGUCGAGUGGAAGAAUGGGGGGAAAGGAGGAAAAAUGAUUUAGUAAAUCAUCAAGAUAUUUGAGAGAAGAGAAUGAAUACACAUUUCAAUGGAGGCAUAUUUUGGAAGAAACAUGGACUCCAUACAAAAUAAUUAUGCCAGCCCAAGGUGGUUAAUGAUUCACUGGUAAACAAAAUCAAACCUGUGCAUUUCAAACUAUUCAUCUGUGUAAUUCCCUACUAAACAAUAAUUGACCUUUAAUCCAUAUGUUCUCCACAAAAAUGCAUUUCUGUCUAAUUUAGUUGAUUUUUACAGCAUUGAUGAUUCCUGAAUUAACUCAGAUUCAUUGCUCUGAUGUCUAUCAACAGCUUUAUUGGUUUAGUUUUCAUGGUUUGCAUCUUUAAAUAAUGAGGGACUGUAAAUUCACAAUUUUUCACUCUGGAUGGUUGACUGUAACUCAUUAAUUAUGGAAAUAAUAAAGUUGUGGAUUGUGUUGUGGAUGUUUAUGUUGCCAUAGCAACAUUCAACUUAAUAGGUGACAGGCUGAUUUUAAACUUAAAUGUCAAGAAUUUACUUAGGCCCAAAUGUUUUAAAUGUAUUUAAUGAU